AUGAGCGAUUAUGAUCCUUUCUAUUGGGAAGCAAUUAUUUUCGGUCCAAAAGAGACUAAUUACGAAGAUGGACAAUUUCUAGUAGCAAUACAUAUUCCACCAGCUUAUCCAUUAAAAUCACCACAAUUUACAUUCAAAACAAAAAUCUAUCACCCAAAUAUAUCUUUGGAAGGUGAAAUAUGUCCAUUAAAUAAUCUUCGUUCAACAUGGUAUCCGUUACUAACUAUCGAGAAAAUUCUAUUAAAUAUCUAUCUAAUAUUAACAACUGAUAUAAAUAGUGAUGACCCAUUUAAUGUGGAAGCGAGUAAUUAUUUCAAAAAUGAUCGACACAAAUUUGAUGAAAUAGCACGAGAAUGGACAAGAAAACAUGCAAUACAACAAGAAAUGAGAUACAAAAAUUAG